CUCAUCCUGUCGAUUGGAACCUCCUCUCUCGACAUUAGAUCGGAUAAGCGAACUUGAACAUUGAAUCAAAUAAUAAGACGCUGGGGUGAAGAUUUUUGGAGGCAACAGAGGAUGGACCACAGAUACAGCAACGGAGGCCAUCAGUAAUGGCAGAAAAAGUUUCAGAAUAGUUGAUGCUUCUUCGACGUCGUUUUUUAGUUUUUUUCCCCUUCUAUUUUUGUAUAUUUUUAAAUUGCGUCUAGCUGGGACUAAAAUCUAUAUUUUCAAAAAUAGAGGGAUUGUACAUGUAAUUAAGAUAAAAUAGAAGCGAGGAUAAAGAAUUUCUGAGAGUUGACGGAGGAGAGGGAAUUGUUGCCUGGGCACAGCGGUGUUGGAGGUAGCUAGGGCCAAUAUACGGGCGAGAACGACUAGGGGACGGAGAAGAGGGAACCGGGGCCAUAGGUAUCAGCGGUGAUAGAAGUGAUAGAAACUAGUGGGCUAGAGUACAUCGAAAUUUUUGCCGUCAAGUUCAGUAAAUUCGUCUCCGUCUUCUUUACGGUAACCGGCUCUCCUCCCAUCCCGGGCAGGAAACAUCUCUCCGUUUGAGCGAAGCGUUUUCCCUAGCUGCUUCGUUUUUCUCUCCUUCGUGUAAUCAAACGGUCGAGCAGGUGGAAACUGGAAAGGAGGCUGGUUUUCAUUUCAUGUGCUAAGACAUUAGAUGGAGGAUUCAGGGCAAAGAAAGAGACGGCUAGAAGAAAUGCGCAGACAAGCUGAGCUAAGUGAAGCAGCUGGUGGCAUUAAAGCUUCCGGUUCUGGAAUGCACUCUCCUCUCUCAAAUCCUCUGAUUGAAACCUCUUCAACUAUGCCAGCACAGGAUAAAUCAUAUUCUGCUCCAAGAUUUGACUUCUACACGGAUCCGAUGGCUGCUUUCUCUCCUAACAAGAAGAAGAACAAUGUCCAGACAGCACCUGAUCAUUCCACUCCUUUUGUUAGUUCACCUAUGGCGCCAUUUUCAUCACCGCGUAUGCCUCCACCUCGGUUUCCAGGAUCAAUGAGUUCACAGACGACUCACUCUUUCACUUAUGGAUCGCCAGUACCCAACAGAAACCCAGCCUGGAAUGGAUCCAGAGGGUCCCCUCAAUAUCAUUGUCCACCCCAAUAUCAAAAUCCUGGAUUUGAAAUAUCAGGCAGGCCUUUUUAUAAUUCUGGACAGCACACAGCUCGUCAACCUAAACCUUCUCCAGGAUACAGUCAUAGUCCUGGUCUGAGUCCAGGAAGAGGCAGAGGCAACUGGUACAGCACUAGAAAUGAUGGUGGACAGCGGCUGAGUUCACAUGGUCGUUCCUCCGGUGGGGACAAGCCACAUGAUGUAGAUUGGUUCUACAAGAAAUCUAUGGUUGAAGAUCCAUGGCAGCUUUUGAAACCUGUCAUAUGGAAGGCGACCGAUGCUAGCUUAAAUAAUAAAUACACACCUGAGAAUUCAAAAUCCUGGACUUCAAAGUCACCAAGUACAAAUAAAGGAGGACCUUCUGCGACUCCAAUUAAGUCUGGUUCUCAACCAAGCCUUGCUGAGUACCUGGCUGCGACAUUUAAUGAAGCUGCUAAUGGCAUGGAAAAUGUAUGAUUGUUGGGGUCUUCAUGAGAAUCCUGACAUCAUACUGAUAUUAAGAGUGUUAAGGAGUCACUGCAUUGAUGGUUAUCGAAGAGGCAGUUACUGGAACAAGUGUCCUACAUUUGAAAACAGGGAGUUUUCUUAGUUCGUUAACGUAACUGGCAUGCCUAGAUUUUUAAUAUGAAUUGGUAGACACCCAAUCGCUGGAGCUGUUGAAUGCUGCAACUAUUGACUUGCUGAGGAGAUGUCAUGGCGAGGGAAGAGAAGCAUUACCCUGUUGUGUGAAAUUCAGAAAAUGAAUAUAGAUGGUCCCGAGUCUAAUAAUCUCGUUCUGUUCGGGGGAAGAUUCCCAUAGGGGAGAUGUGAUUCCCCUGGGAAGUGAAUUUGCCAGUGGCAAGACAGGAAUCCUUCCUUGUACCCAUUGGCGCUAUGAAGAGUACAGUUAGCUGGGUAAUUAUGUGUGGUUUUAAUAUUCUGUGGUCUGGAUAAUGUUUCUGUGAAAUUGAAAUAGGGCUGGCCCUUUAGCUUUUUAAUUGUUAUCUUUUUCAAAUAAAAAUUAUGACUAAAGCUGUACAAGUCAUAAAACUGUAAUUUGGACAAAAUUCAAAAACACUAAUACUCACUUAUAAUUUA